CGUCCAUCAGCUGCACCUCCACUCAUCAGUCCAACAAGCUCAACCCUCUGAAGACAGCAGAUGCUUGUGUGGGUUUUAUUUCUGACAACACAGCUGAUCAGAGUGAAUCUGUCUCAGUAUCCUGCAGCCAGGAGAGACGCGCCGCUGUGCAAAAAGAGGAACCAGUUUGUCAGAGAGCAGCUCAGCUGUUCCUCCUCCCUCUUUCCUCUUCUGUUCGCUCUGCUGAGUCCCACGUGGCCUCUAUAUUUCACUCUCUCUCUCCUUCACAGUCUCUCCCUUUCUGGUAAACACUCCCCGCCUCCUCCCUCUCUCCGCUGUCCUCCAGCAGGAAGAACAGAUCACCGACAGACGAGAAGAGACGACCGAGGAGGACGGAGCAGCAGCAGAAGAAGAAGAAGAAGACUGAGUAAGAAGAAAAGCAUCAUGGACGUUUUCAAGAAAGGAUUUUCCAUGGCGAAGGACGGAGUGGUGGCCGCCGCCGAGAAGACGAAGGCCGGCGUGGAGGAGGCCGCUGCCAAGACCAAGGAGGGGGUCAUCUAUGUCGGAAGCAAGACGAUGGAGGGAGUGGUGAGCGGCGUUAGCACAGUUGCCCAGAAGUCGACCGAACAAGCCGGCACCGUGGCCGACACCGCUGUCGCCGGGGCCGACGAUGUCGCCCAGGCAACGGUGGACGAGGUGGAGAAGGCGGCGGUGGCGAGCGGGUUCGUCAGCUCGGAGGAGGCGGGAUCAGUGGUUGAGGAGGCCGACCUCCAAAAAACAGAAGCCGGAGGAGAACAGACCCAACAGGCGGCACAGUAGACUUCCUGAUUCUUCCUGUCCAAUGAGCAACCAGAGCAGAAGAACUCUACAUUUUAGCUCAACUCUUGACCUCUGACCUCUGACCCUUCCAAACCCUAACAAAGAUUCUUAAUCGACUUUGUGCAAUUUAACCUCUUGUUCAUCAUCAUUAUCGUCUCUCGUUGCCAUGGUUACACUGCCUCUGCAUCACAUCAUACACACACACCGCCAUCGGUUUAACACUCAGAGAUUCAUUUAAUCUGAACUCUCAGCUGAUUGGUUGAUGUAGAGUGACAUCACCGGGGGGGGGGGUGUCCUACAAGUCACGCCCAUUUCCUGUCAAUCACAACGGUGACUCCGCCCCCCUUCAGAGAGACACUUGACGCCUUUUGAAUGCAUGUUGCUUUACUGACACACUUAAAACGCUAAAACACACACACACACACACACACACACACCUGUAAACACACACACACACAC